AACCCUGGCAACUCUAUGUGAAUUGGCCAAGGAAGAAGAAGCAUUUGUUUACGUUUUAUUUCACACUUUGUGCAAUUUGUGUAAACAAUUAUGACAACUGGAAGCGAAGCUGACGGAGAUGGCGAGCACCAGGGCAACAAUGACAUCGUCCCAAAUCCAGAACACCCUCCGGAGCUAAUGAAUAUCUUUAAAUCCCUGGCCGAAAAAAACCAGAUCGUCUUUAAGUCGCAGCAAAUUGAUGAUCCGGAAAUCCCGAUCGAAGAGAAGCAACAAAUUGCACGAGAAGCAUUCGAAAAGAAUCGUGAGAACUUCCUCAUCCGAUUUGGAGGCUUUCUGAAUGUGAGACAACUGGGGUCCUUCCAGGAACUGGCUGUCAAGGAACCGAUCAAGCCAGAUGAAAAUCUGGAGGAGAUGUGUCUGCUGCUAGAGGAUUUCAGGAGAAAACUCAGCACUCGUGCGGUAUCAAUCAAAAACCGAAGAUACCAUGCCAUGCAGCAGCUCCUUGACAAGGGAGAAUACUUCAGCGAGCACGAGAUGAUGCAAAGGGCGCCGGAUCUCUACCAGGAGCUAGUGGGUCAGUACCUAACGGAGGCGGAAAAGAAGGCUCGGGACAGUUACGAUGUUCGAAAUACUAGCUUCUCAGGAAUACUAAUGCAUACAUUGGAAAAAAAGCAAAGAGAUGAAUUGCUAGAGGAAAUUCAGCAGGAAGGAGAACAGAGCGUGCAGGUGAAAAGUGAAUCCAAUCCUGCCGCAGACUUUGAAGUUCCUGUAGCUUGCCGAAAGCAGUGGGGUGACUUUGAAGAUGAUGAACCAGUUGCCUGUUCAACGAGUCGAAAUGCAGAGGUUCGAGCACCAACAAAUAUAACUAAGAUUUCCACACCGGAGUUUUAUAAUCCUGGAGAGCGAGAACUCCUACGUAAUGAGUUCUUAAGUAUGAUGAAGGAACGCUUUCUGAGUGGGGAGGACAAGGAUUUUGAUUAUGCUGCCGUAGAUGAUAAUACUUUGCUGGAUGAUCUGAAGCAAAUUGAGCAGGAUGAAGAAGAUGCCUACUUCGAGGACAGCGAGGAUGAGGAGGAAUUGGAGGAUCACACUGCAGAGGAUAAUGCCGUCUCUAGCGAAGAUGACUUGGAUAUCUACAUGAGGCAUCUAAGCAAUCAUCACAGCCUUCAAAAUAGUCACGGAUAAUAAUAAAGAGCUGCGGGUGGCUCGAUAUCCAAAGAAAACCCUGUAAAUCCACAGGAUACUCAGCAUUCUGCAGCAAUAGUCUUUAAUGUUAAUCUUAUUCUUAGCCUUAACAAAUUUUGAUCUUAGACACUAGAAUACAUGCAGUUGUUGAGUAAAAA